ACAUUUAUAAAAGCAUUGUCAAUGCUACCGUGAAUCGCAAAUUGAAACUGGGCGAUUUUAUAUUGAGAUAACUAAUAGUGUAGCUGUGAGACAAGUUUUAACAAUGAUUAAACAAAUAAUUAUUUUUUUAACUGUUGUGAUAGUGUGCGCAAUAGCUGUGAAACCAUUUAAUAAAGAACCACCUGAGCGAAAAAGUAAAAUAACAAAAUUUCUUGAAGAAUCAGACAAGACUAAGCAAAUGAAUUUUCGCUUACCUCGUAACACAGCACCACGAGUCUAUAAAAUUGAAUUAGACCCUAAUUUUGAAGGUGAAAUAUUUACUUUUAGGGGUAAUAGUACUGUUCUAUUUGAAGUAUUGCAACCUACUACUUCGGUGAUUUUCCAUAAAUCGUAUAAAGUAAUAAUCCAGAGUAGUUUUACGGAGCUUAUAGAUGAUAAGGGAGUAAUUCUAAAACCAAAAGAAUACGAUUGGAAAGCAUCGAAUGAAUUUUAUACUAUUAUAUUUGAACAGACAUUAGAGCCAGGAAACUAUACUUUAAAAAUGAAAUGGAUUGGUCGUGAUGCUGCUGAUGACUGGUUCGACCAACGAAUGGGUUUUUUUCGAGCGUAUGACACAUUGGACAACCAUAGUCGUCAAUAUCUUGUAACAACUCACUUUGAGCCUUCAGGAGCUCGUAGUACAUUUCCAUGUUGGGAUGAACCAGGUUUCAAAGCUCGAUUUGAAAUAUCUAUUAAGCAUUCUCCAAAUCAUAUUGCAUUGUCAAAUAUGCCGGAGAAAAGCCAUCAACAGCUGCCAGAUGGUAGAAUCAUAACUCACUUUGAAAGAUCAGUGGUAAUGUCCCCAUACCUUCCUUGUGUUGCUGUUGCUAAUUAUAAAUCAAUUAAAAAUGCUCAUGGAAACAUAACAUUUUAUGGCUUGGAAAGUAAUUUAGAGUCUUUGAGAUUUGCCUUAGAAGUUAGUGAAAAAGUUAUACCAGCGAUGGAAGCUUAUACUGGUAUGCCAUACGCAAUGCCAAAACUAGAUCAGAUUUGCGUUCCUCAAUAUUCAGGUGCCAUGGAACAUUGGGGGCUAGUCAGUUACCUCACAUCGAUGGUUAAAUUGGAAAAUACUACAUUGAUUCCUAAUGUUGAUAAAAAAGAUCGUAUAAUUUUUCUUGUUGCUCAUGAAUUGGCACACCAAUGGUUUGGUAAUCUUGUCAGUCCCGUAUGGUGGGAUGACACUUGGUUAAAUGAAGGUUUCGCCGCGUAUUUCCAAUCAAAAAUUAUUGACCAGAUUUAUCCGCAUUGGCGUGUAAUGGAUUACUUCGUAAUAGAGGAUGUGAAUCAUGAAUCUUAUGAUGCUGAAACCUAUAUUCCAGAAGUUAAACCAAUCAAGUGGUCACCUCAUGAAAAGAUAUCUCUUCGCAGAAUAUUUAAUCCAGUUACGUAUCGUAAGGGAGCUGCCGUCAUUCAUAUGCUCGAGCACAUACUUACUGAAGACGUUUUUCGUAAAGGACUUCAGAGAUAUUUAAAAGCACAUCAAUUUACUGCUGUUGUUACUGACGAUCUGUGGAAGGCUUUUCAAGAAGCAUACAAUGAACAAUAUGGAGACAAACCACUAGAUAUUAAAGAAAUGAUGGAUCCUUGGUUAGAACAAACGGGUACACCAAUUGUAACUGUCACUCGAAAUUACGAAACAGGUGAAACAAAUUUGACACAAAAGAAUUUCCGAGUAACUCCUGAAAAUACAUGGAAAAUUCCAAUAAACUAUGCGACCAAGUCAAAUCCAGAUUUCUCACGAACAGUCCCAACGAUGUGGAUGGAAUAUGAUGAAAAAGAAAUUACAUUACCUGAUAUUAAUAAAGACGAUUGGAUUAUUCUUAACAUUCAACAAAGAGGAUUCUACCGAGUCAAUUACGACAGAGAAAAUUGGCAACGUAUUGCAGAAUAUCUAAAUUCCGAUGAUUAUGAUAAAAUCCAUCCUGUUAAUCGAGCGCAACUUAUCGAUGAUAUUUUUAGAAUAUAUCAAGAUGAUAAUUCUUACCUCGAUGUAUUGGUUAAUAUUACUUCGUACUUACAUCGAGAAACUGAUUAUUUACCAUGGAUUCCUGCUGGAAAUAUCAUUUUGGAUAUGAUUUCAAGGUUGAAUAAUUCACCUGAAGAAGAAUUAUUCGAAAUGUACAUGCUUUUCCUCACCAACAAAAUAAUUGAUAAACUGGGUUUUGAAGAUCGUGAAGGUGAAGAUCACUUAGCUCUUCGAGUCCGAAGUAUACUUGCCCCGAUGGUUUGUAGGUUUGGCCAUACUGAGUGCAGAUCAUUUGGUUACCAGUUAUUCAUUAAGUAUUUAGAGAAUCCAUCUGAAAAUACACUCCCUAGCUCUGAUUGGGCAUGGAUUAUGUGCGCUGGUCUUCGAAAAUCGAAUAACACUAUGAGAGAAAAAUUUCUAACCGCUGAAUUAAAACCCGAUUCUGAUGAUUGGUCCCAAAUAACCCUUUUCAUUCAAUGUACCAAUGAUAUGCAACUGCGCGAUGAUUACAUAACUUCGUUACUAAACUCUAAUUCAACAACUGAUGUAGAGGAGAUUGAUGCAAUAUUUGAUCAUUUACUUGAUAGCAAACUGGAUGAUGUCAAUUACGCAUUAAAUUAUAUAAUUGCUCAUUUUAAGGAGAUCAAGCAAUUCUAUGAUCAAUCUGAUGAUGCUACUUAUUUAGUUCCGAUUUCUCGACUAUCUCUUGCUCUGCGAACUACUGAUCAAAUUGAAAAAUUUAAAACAUUCAUUGAAAACAUUAUUCCUGAUUUGAAGGAACAACCCGAGUGGGAAAUAUCAUAUUUAAGAACUUCACUUAAGGAAAGCAUAGAUGUUUCCAAUGAGGCAAAAUUACACUCAGAAAAGUUUCAUGAGCUUAUGGAUCGAAAAAUUAUGGAUCUUAAUGUAGUUGAUGUUGGAAAAGCAUUGAAAACUAAAGCUUGAACUAAUUUUAUUAAUAAAUUAUUAAAAUUCAAAGUUUUCUCAAAAUUUUUUUAAUACUAACGAAAAAGUCUAGUUUGAUCGCGCUCAUGGAAAAUCGCCGCGAUUCCACGUUCAUUUGACAUUUAUUAUUUAGAAACUCUAUUAAUAAUACACUGUAAAAAAUCACCGGGGUAAGUCCAAUCGGUGUAGGUGUUAAAAUUAUCGGUGUAAAAUUUACCCCCGAAAGCGGUGUGAAAAUAACGCCGCUGCCGGUGUAAAUAUUCUGUACCGGUGUUAAAAAAUAUUCUCCGGUGUUAAAAUGACACCGCUGCCAGUGUAAAUAUUCUAGACCGGUGUUAAAAUAACGCCGCCACCGGUGUAGAUAUUCUUUACCGGUGUUAAAAAAUUUAACUUUGUGAAUAUUUUUACUUACUCGAUCACUGUACUUGUUAAUAAAUAAUAUUCUUUAUUAAUUUUCAUAGAGAACUGACAUUUUUUGUGUUUUAUAAUCUUUAAAGUUAAUACUCCAAGCGGACGCAAUUUACCCCGCUUUUACACCGGUAUUACUCCGCUUUUACACCGGUUACCCCGCUUUUACACCGAUAUUACUCCGCUUUUACACCGGUUACCCCGCUUUUACACCGAUUUUACUCCGCUUUUACACCGGUUACCCUGAUUUAACACCGGUAUUUUUAACACCGGUGAAUUACUCCUCCUACACCGGUGUAAUUUUAUUUUAACACCGGGCGGAGUUAAAAUGAGUCCAUUUUUAACACCGCUCUUUUUACAGUGUAAGCUUAAAAUAUCUUUAAAACAUCAGAGAUAUCAUGAUUUGACCAAAAAAGAGAAAAAAAAAUUUUACAAAAUUUUUGAGGGGGGCUGUUGUGCCCCACCCUCCCCUAUUUAAUUCUCUAUUUUAAUUUAAAAAAAAAAUAUUUUAAAUAAGUUAUUCUUGUUGUUUUGCCUGUAGUAUAGAAGGUCAUCAUGUAUUGUAAUUUUGUAAUAAUUAUUCAAGCCCAAUUUUUAUCAGUAAUUAAAAGUCUAAAACUUGGGAAAAACGUCCCGUGUAAAAAAAAAUUCUUUCCAAAAAGAUUCCAAAAAAGUUUCGCAUGUGGAACUUCUAAACAUAAUGAGACAGAUUAUAACUUCGAAUGGAACUUUUUUGGAAUGUUGGUAAUUUUGAUGGUAAAAAAAAGUUUUUAUGAUCAAAUUUAGAGUCAAAAAGGACGUUUUUGAAACUUUUUUGGUAUUUUAUAGAAACAUUCCAAAAAAGUUCAAAAAUCACUACUUUCAAAUUUUUUAUAGAACAAAAAAAAACGUCCAUAAAAAAUUCCAAAAACGUUCCCAGAACGUUCUUUUUUUACUCUAAAUUUGCUCAUAAAAACUUUUUUUCUACCACCAAAAUUACUAACGUUCCAAAAAAGUUCCAUUCGAAGUUCUAAUGUCUCAUUUUUAGAAGUUCCACAUGCGGAACUUUUUUGGAAUCAUUUUGGAACGAAUUUUUUUUACACGGGGUACACUUUUAUUUUUUAAACAAUCACUUACUUUUGUCGGCAUUUUCUAUAACUAUGUAAGAAAGAAAAAAAUGAGAUUAAUAAAACUAGCAUUCAA